UGAAGUUCGGUAAAAAGAAUAAAGAAUGAGUAACGGAGUAAUAUUCUUCUUUUUUCAUUUCUUUUUUAUCUUCACAGUGAGCCGUUACAACCCUGUCUUAUGAAAACAUUCUUUCUCCUCUUCACAUCGAUAAAUCACAUGGUUCAUUUUGAUCCAUCUUAUGAACAAUACUGUACAUUGUGCCUGAUUUUUCUGUUUCAUGUGCUUUUUCUUGUUUCCAGUUGUUUUUCUUUUUGUUUUUCCUACUGUUUUGUUUGUUUUGUUUUAUUCAUGUCUUGGUCUACACUCCCAUAUCCUCAUCACCUACGUCACAUACUUCCAUUUUUUAUCUCUCAUCUUCAUAAAUUUUAUGUCGAUGUUUGGUUGUUUUUUAUCUGCACGUUCUAUUCAUUUUGCAUGGAGUUCAUUUUUUAUGUUACUUUUUUCCCCUUCCAUUUGUUCAUACCAUCAAAAAAAUAAAGAAUUGAAAAAUUAACAUUAUUCUUUCAUCAAUAUGUAUAUCCAUAUAUAUAUGUAUGUAUAUGUACUUUUCUCCAACAAAUUAUGUUUAUAUAAUCCUAUUCAUUUGUAUUUAUUGUCUCAAAACAAGUUAUAUACUAAGUCUAAAUUUCAUGAUUCUCACAAU